AGAAAUCACUUCACAUUACAUUUUUAGCUUCUCACCAUCACCACCGCAGCAGCAUCUUCUUCUUUGGUCGGAUAAAAUGGCGACCGUCACAACGCAGGCUUCGGCUGCCGUUUUCCGGCCAUGCACUUCCAGGUCCAGGUUCCUCAAUGGAUCAUCUGGGAAACUCAACAGGGAAAUCUCCAUUAAACCUGCAAUGGCGUCUUCAUCGUCAACCUCUUCUCUCAAAGUAGAAGCCAAGAAAGGCGAGUGGUUACCGGGUUUGGCUUCCCCAGCUUACCUUAAUGGAAGCCUUCCUGGUGACAAUGGGUUUGAUCCUCUAGGGCUAGCUGAGGACCCAGAAAACUUGAAAUGGUUCGUGCAAGCUGAGCUUGUCAAUGGGCGCUGGGCAAUGUUGGGUGUUGCAGGGAUGUUGUCUGAAGUUUUCACCAAGAUCGGGAUAAUUAAUGUUCCCAAGUGGUAUGAUGCUGGGAAAGCAGAGUACUUUGCUUCCUCAUCUACUCUGUUUGUGAUUGAGUUCAUAUUGUUCCACUACGUGGAGAUCAGAAGAUGGCAAGAUAUUAAGAACCCAGGAAGUGUGAACCAAGAUCCCAUCUUCAAACAAUACAGUUUGCCUCCUAAUGAGUGUGGUUAUCCAGGUGGCAUUUUCAACCCACUCAACUUUGCUCCUACCCUUGAGGCCAAAGAGAAGGAGCUAGCAAAUGGGAGACUGGCAAUGUUGGCGUUCUUGGGAUUCAUUGUGCAACACAAUGUGACUGGACAAGGGCCUUUUGACAACUUGUUACAGCACCUGUCUGACCCAUGGCACAACACCAUUGUCCAAACAUUGAGUGGUAACUAGGUGAUGUGAUACCUUGGACUUGCGCUUUUCCUUCUGUAUUCACGCAUUAGUAAUUGAGUGGGAUUUGGAGCGUCAAUGUAAAACAACAAACCUUCAAUGUACAGAGAACUGAGAUGGUGUUUAUUAUAUUAUUAUUUACAUUACUUUGCACCUCCUAAUAUCAUUACUCAAAAUUUG